AUGAAGAGGGGAGAAGUAAAAACAUUGAGGAACAAUGUCCAGAAGCAAUCACGCCCCAAGCCUGCCAAGUCACAGCUCUUAAGUCAGAGUGUUGAGAAGAAACCAGGAACCCUAAGAGUAUUCAAUGAUUGGAGAGCUCAUAGAGAUGAGCAAGGAGGCACUACCAACAGUGCAUUACUUCAAGAAGAGCCACCAGAUCACAUGCUGAACUCUAAUACCAUGACAUCUACAAGAGCAGAACAUACCAAGAGUUCUGAACAGGUUAUUCCGUUUCUUGACUUUGUUUCUAAUGAAUAUAAUUGUGUGAUAAUGAAUUUACCAUGUCUAGAGGAGUUUGAUGAAAAUUCAGUUUUAGUAGAAACAACUACAACUCAUUCUGCUUGUCUUAAACCACAUGUCAUUGAGAAUAUAGAUAACAUAACUAAAGCUGAAUCUUGUUCUCCUGUUUAUGAAAAUUCCAUGACUGUUAUAACACACUUGUCUCUUGUCAAAAGUGAAGAGAACAUUGCAGGAACAGAGAAGCAGAAACAAGAGAAUGAGACACCAAGGAUCAAUGGGGGCAACAAGUGUGAAAAAGAAGUUUUCACCAAGAAAGCAACCUUACCACUCCAAGAAGUCAAAAACAAAACAUGGAGAGGAGUAAUUGCUAGUUCACUGAUCAAAGAGGAACCACCAGACGCUCAUUCCUCAUCCCACAUAUACAGCCAAAAGGAUUUUGGCCAAGGUAAAUUUCUAGGCUCAUAUUCAUGUAAAGAUGCUAACUUGCUUUAUCUUGGUGCAGGUUAUAUAGUUUCGAGGUCGAAACUUUUUCAAGAGGGUGAGUAUGAUGAGGACAUCAAGUCAUCAUCAACCAAGGAGCAUGGAACCAGGAGCCAUGAAGAGGAGAGCAUGAAGCUGACAGAGUUAUACACGAAGAAUAACCAGACAAAAAGGAGUUCAUACGAAGCAGAUAUUGAAGAUACAUUCUGGAAGAUCUUCAAUGCACCCGAUGGAGACAUGCGAUCACUCAUCGAAGCAUUCCGGCCCAACCAGGAUGAACCAAGCUUCAAAUCUAACUGUUAUAGAUUCUCCACUCAUCAUAGGAACACGGAGAGUUGGAUUCGGUUGAAUCGGAGAUCAGACCAAGGAGUUAUCGAUUUUACAAAUCGGGUAAACCGGAGCUUUCCCGAUUUGGACCCAGGCGCACAUAUUGGAAGAUUCCGAUCCAACCAGAAGGAUUUAGGCUACGAACCGACUUGGUAUGGAAUCUUAAAUCAACCGGGGAGAUAUUUCAAUUGGAUUUAUUCCAAUACCGGUUUUGGAUUAAGAGUUAUUCAACUCCUAAACCAGACUAUGCUCAACUUGCCUUAUUUGGAGGCUCACGGGUUUAAUCACUUACAAACCCGACUUUGGCGACCAGGAGAGAGAUCAAACCAUUCAGGAGAGACAUCAACACAUCUUGGAGAUUCAUAUUACAUCUUCCCAUGCACCAGCACCCACAGAAUCAGGCGGAUUCUCAUGUUUGUUAACUUUCCUUUUCCGGAUGCAUUCACACUGGGGUCAAUAUAUCUCCAACGGCUAUAUCUUCAAGACUAUAGCGACUUGAGCACGGAUACAUUGCAUCUAGACGUCCCAAGGCACCAGAGCUUCACGCCCAAGCUCUCAAGACUCAAGCAUCAUCCCAACUUACCUUAUUUGGCCGAGAUUAUCCAUUUAAGCCUCCAACGGCUAGUUCCUUGA